CUUCUCACAGCAGCCAUGAGUAGGAAUGCUGAUGAUCAUCUGAUCAAAGAUGCCCUGGAGCAGCUGAGAUGUCACUUCACAUGGCAGCUGUUCAUUGAUGAUGCUGAAAUACGUGAGUUAGAAAGCAGCAUCUCAGAAGAGGUUCAAUUGCAACCCGAAUACAGUGAGGGACUACACAACCUACUGGGCUACAUGCAACAUCUACAGGGCAGGAAUGACGAUGCCCUGGAUAGUUUGAACAACGCUAGAGAGUCACUCAAGAGAGAGCACAUUGACCAAUCAGAUGUGAGAUGCCUGGUGACCUGGGGCAACUAUGCCUGGGUCUAUUACCACAUGCGCAGAUGGGAAGACACACAGAAGUACCUGGACAAGGUGCAGGAGAUUUGCAACAGGUUUGAAGAUUCUUCCCGCUAUAGAGUGGAGUGUCCUGAGAUGGACUGUGUGGAAGGAUGGGCCUUGCUGAAGUGUGGAAGAAAAAAUUAUGAAUGGGCCAAGGCCUGCUUUCAAAGGGCUCUGGAAGUGGACCCUGAAAACCCUGAAUUCAACAAAGGCUAUGCAAUUGCCGCCUACCGCCUGGAUCACGCAGCCAAAGAACUAAACAAUAUCAGUGAGGCCUUCUCCCUUCCUCCCCUCAGAAAGGCCAUCAGCCUCAACCCACAAGAUGGGUACCUGAAAGCUCUCCUUGCUCUGAAGCUGCAGGAUAUGGGAGAGGCAGCAGAAGGAAAGCACCUUAAAGAAGCUCUGAGCCAGGGGUCCUCACAGACCUACGUGUUCCGGUAUGCAGCCAAGUUUUACCGCAGACAGCGUCGUCCAAAUGAAGCUCUGAGGUAUUUAGAAGAGGCCUUGAACGCAACACCCAACUCUGCCUCUCUUCAUCACCAGAUGGGACUUUGUUAUAGGGAUCAAAUGAUCCAAAUAAAGAAGUCUACCAACUGGCAGCCUCAAGUCCAGAGCAGAAGAGAUGUGGACAGAUUGAUUCAAUUAGCUAUAGACAAAUUUCAAACGGCUACAACACUAAAGCCCACGUUUGAAAUGGCUUAUGUUGACCUCGCUGAAAUGUAUGCAGAAAUAGGCCAGUACGGAGAGGCUGAGGAACUUUUUCAGAUAGCACUAAGCAUCAGAAACAUCGAGGAUCACAUCCUGCAAGACAUUCAUUACCACUAUGGCCAAUUUCAACAGUAUCAUAGGAAAUCUGAAGACAAAGCAAUCACUCAGUAUUUAACAGGCUUAAGAAUAGAAAAGAUGUCCUAUGCCAGGGAAAAACUCCUCAAGGCUUUACAGAAAGUGGCAGAAAGAUGGGAUAGGCAAGAGGUACGAGUUGUGGAAGCCAAAAGCCUCCUUGGGCUCAUUCACAAAUUGAGAGGAGAGCUGAUGGAGGCCCUGCUGUGUUAUGAGGAGGCUCUGAGGCUGGCUGCUGACCUCAAUGCCAUGUUCUGAAAUGG